UGCCUCGAGUACAGGCGGGAAAAAGUGAAAAACAGGAGAGAAUAGAGAGAGGGAGAGAUUUUAGAGAGAGAAAAAUGGCGCCAGUGUUGCAGAGCUCUCAGCCAUGGGUGGAAAAAUAUCGCCCGAAGCAAGUGAAGGACGUAGCUCACCAGGACGAGGUGGUUCGAGUGCUUACCAACACCCUUGAGACCACAAAUUGCCCGCACAUGCUGUUCUAUGGGCCGCCCGGUACCGGAAAAACCACCACUGCGCUUGCCAUUGCUCAUCAGCUUUUCGGACCUGAACUCUACAAGUCAAGGGUGCUUGAACUGAAUGCAAGUGAUGACCGUGGGAUCAAUGUAGUUCGUACAAAGAUCAAAGAUUUUGCUGCCGUUGCUGUAGGAUCUGGUCACCGGCAAGGGGGUUAUCCUUGUCCACCUUACAAGAUUAUCAUCUUAGAUGAGGCUGAUUCAAUGACUGAAGAUGCCCAGAAUGCUUUGAGACGAACAAUGGAAACAUACUCCAAAGUUACAAGAUUCUUUUUCAUUUGUAACUACAUUAGCAGAAUUAUAGAACCACUUGCUUCUAGAUGUGCGAAGUUUAGGUUCAAGCCACUUUCAGAAGAAAUCAUGAGCAGCCGGAUAUUGCAUAUUUGUAAAGAAGAAGAGCUCAAUCUGGAUUCAGAGGCUCUCUCAACCUUAAGUUCUAUCUCACAAGGUGAUCUUCGUCGGGCGAUAACAUACUUGCAGGGAGCUGCUCGCUUAUUUGGAUCAAUUAUUUCUUCCAAGGACCUAAUCGGUGUAUCUGGGGUUGUUCCUCAGCAUGUUGUUCAGGCUCUUUUUGCAGCUUGCAAAAGUGGUGAUUUUGAUUCAGCAAAUAAGGAAGUCAAUAAUGUCAUUGCAGAGGGAUAUCCGGUUUCUCAGAUGCUUUAUCAGUUAUUUGAUGUAGUUGUUGAAGCAGAUAUAUCAGAUGAACAGAAAGCAAGAAUUUGCAAGAGAUUGGCUGAGGCAGAUAAGUGUCUUGUUGAUGGAGCAGAUGAGUAUCUGCAGCUGCUGGAUGUUGCCAGCAAUGCAAUGCGAGCUCUUUGCAACAUGCCAGAAGAAUUUCCUCAUGAGAGCUAGGUAGCAAGAAAGCAAGGAUCGUAUAUACUGCAUAUUCACCAAAUCAUGUAGAGCUGGAUGAUCAACUUCCUGGAAUGUUUCAAUCUGUAGAAGUGGUGAAAUUGUUGAGGUUCAACUGCUUUAAAUGGUCGACACAUGGUUAGGAGUUGGACCUCUCAACUCCCUGGGCCGAGCAGAGGAGUCAGACGGAUAAAAGGCUCUUCAGUCUCUAGGUUUCUUGCUUUAUUUAAUUGUAUAUCCUGCGGAUGGAAAUGAACCCAACUCGAACUACAGGAGAAAUGUACUCUGUUUGUGACUUUUAAGUUUAGCUAUAAACCUUGUUCUUUUUAGUA